GAAUGUGAAACACAUGAAAAGUGUUGUCCUAAUGUCUGUGGAAUGAAGAGCUGUGUGGCAGCCCGAUACAUGGAUAUGAAAGGAAAGAAAGGACCCAUUGGCAUGCCUAAGGCAGCAACGUGUGACCUCUUUAUGUGUACACAGCAAGGUUCUCAGUGCGACAUUUGGGAUGGGCAACCCAUUUGCAAAUGCAGAGACAGAUGUGAGAAAGAACCCAGUUUUACCUGUGCUUCUGAUGGACUAACUUACUAUAAUAAAUGUUUUAUGGAUGCUGAAGCUUGUGCAAAAGGUAUCUCAUUGGCUGUGGUCACCUGCAAAUAUCAUCUGAGUUGGCCACAUACUAGUCCGAUGCCAUCUGAGACAACAACUAACCCAACCAUCCCAUCCAUUGAGACUGCCAUCAUAAAUGUGAUUCCACCCACAUUGGUGAAUAACCCUACUCACAAGUCAGUCAAUAUCGGCGACACUGUGAGCUUUCAUUGUGAUGUUACUGGCAAACCCAAACCAGAAAUAACAUGGGAGAAGCAAAUUGAAGGGAAGGAACGUAUUGUCAUGCGCCCCAAUCAUGUGGUCGCAAAUAUAGUUGUCACCAAUAUUGCCCAGCUAGUCAUUUAUAACACUCAAUUUCAAGACGCUGGCAUCUACACAUGUACCGCCAAAAACACAGGAGGCUUUAUCAAAAUUAACUUCCCCUUGUCUGUCAAAGAACAACCUCCCAAGGAAAAAUCAGAAAACAAAACUUUUUUUCCCACUGAUGAGUGCCUAAAGCCACCAGAUAGCGAGGACUGUGGGGAGGAACAGACACGGUGGUAUUUUGAUGCUAAGAAAAAUAAUUGUUUCAUAUUUGUGUAUGGUAAUUGCAAUAGUAACUUGAACCACUUUGAAACAUAUGAGUCUUGUAUGCUAACCUGCAUGAAUGGACCAGUCAAUAUCUGUAAUUAUCCUCCUCUUCAAGGUCUUUGUAAGGCGUAUGAGCCAAGGUGGGCAUAUAACAAGAUACUGAGUCAAUGCCAAUCUUUCAUUUAUGGUGGGUGUGGUGGCAACGAAAACAACUUUGAAAGUAAGGAACUGUGUGAAGAGAUGUGCCCAUUCCCCAAAAACCAAAAAUGCAAAGUGUGCAAGCCUCGGCAGAAGCUGGUAACAAGCUUUUGUAAAAGUGAUUUUGCCAUACUUGGGCGUAUAUUAGAGUUGACAGAAGACCUAGAAACUGGGCACGCUUUGGUCUCUGUAGAAGAUAUCCUAAAAGAUGAAAAAAUGGGGCUUAAAUUCUUGGGGAAGCAACCACUUGAAAUUACCCUUCUUAACAUAGACUGGAGUUGUCCAUGUCCCAACGUGACAUCGGUCACAGGUCAGCUAAUCAUCAUGGGUGAUGUACACAAUGGUAUGGCCGUCCUACAACCUCACAGUUUUGUUGGCAUGUCAAGUGCACGCCGUGUGCGAAAACUUAGAGAAGUCAUUCACAAUAAAACUUGUGAUCUUCUCAAAGAAAUUUUAGGUCAACCAUAGCAAUUCAUAUGAUAAUAGCAUAAGUACAAUACUGAAAUGUAUGUUUCCUAAAUUACUAAUAAGUCAACUUUGGUUAAAUUUAAGGAGGGUUUUUAUAGAGCAUAGAAUCUCUAUAUUUUGUGCCAUUUGGGGAUGAGUGUAAGGAGAGAUUCUUGUAUAUGUAUAAAGCGCUUGUGUAAUGUAAUUUUGUUUUUCAGUGGUAGGUAAAGGACUUACAAGUCUGAAUGCAAUGCUUUUUCUAGCUUCCUCCAUGCUGUUCAGCCAUGUAUUUAUACAAUCAGACAGACUUGACAUAAAGCUGAUUUCUGGAUGCAACAAUAUCUAAGAGAAAAGCACAGCAGAGGAAGAUAAUUAUAUAACAAUGUAGAAAGCCAAAAUAUAAAUUUAUGUAUUCUUUACUAAUUUGUUUGUUUUGCAAAGCAUCAUACACACUAGAUGAGAAAAGGAAAGAUCUCGCUCAGAAGGGCUGAUCUGAGCGAGAUCUUUCACAAUCUCGUCCAGUGUGUGCACUCAGUGUCGUUAACGAUGUGCGCUCCCACGCAGAGCCGGCCCUAACCUAUAUGAUGCCCUAGGCAAGAUUUUGGCUGGUGCCCCCUAGCACCACCGCUGGUUCUGCCUCUGACCUUGCACCUCUUUCCCAGAACCAUCACCCCUCACUUACAGCAGUCCUUGUACCCCCUAUAUUUUAAAUAGGAACAGUUCGCACAUUUGACGCACAGCCCAAAAAGGGGUAUCUUCUUGCUGGGAAGGGGCAUGGCCACACAAUAGUAACCCCAAUUCCAAUUACGCCACACAGUACUGCAACUUUAUUCACAUUUUAUCUUGUGAUAGUGUCCAUAAUUCAUAUUGCAUCCCACAGUAGUAUCACUUUACCUUAUAAACAUUACUCCUCACAGAGGAGCCCCUUAUUCACAUUACAUCACACUGAAUUGCUCCUUAUUCACAUUACACCACACCUUAUUGCUCUUUAUUCACAUUAGACGACACAGUAGUGCCCUUUCUAUAUGCAACGCCACACAGUAGAGCACCUUAUACACAUAAUGCCACACAUUAGUAAUACAUUUCUCUGACGUCCUAGUGGAUGCUGGGAACUCCGUAA